AUGGGAUCAAACAAUGCUCAUUGGUUGUUCAACAAUGAAUACCACAUUGAGAGACUGUCAACAGAGUUGGAGGCAAUCGAUGAUCCUUCAAAGAGAUUGAUUGAAUCACUCAACACAUUCAAUGCUCUCAGGACAGAGUGUUAUGACAUGACCAACAAGCUGUCAGAUUGUCACAAAGCAUUUGGUGAUGUGGUGGGCACAUCGAAAUCAUUCGAUUGGUACAUCAAUGACAACUCAAACAUCAAGAUAGUACUGGCAGGUCCAACUCACUCUGGAAAGUCAACAUUGAUCAACACAUUACUGUCAUGUCAACUGAUGCCAUCAGGUGGCGGUCACACAUCAGGAAGGAUAUGCAUUCUGGCUCACUCGACAAAGAUCAGAAUCAAGUUCUACAAAGUGAUACCACACCAAGAUCAGGAUCAUCCCAGCAGGAUAGAGUGUAUCGAUGAUGAGACCAUCACAAUUGAGAAUCAAAGACAACUACAGAUCACUUUGAAACAACAUCUAUCAAGGCCAACAGAUAUCGACAAUGAAGCAGACCCAUUGGCAUUCAAAGAAUGGGCCAGCAAGAUUGUGAGAGUCGAGUUCCCAUCAGCAUUGCUUCAGACUGGAUUGGAGAUCAUCGAUGUUCCAGGCUUCAGCAUCUCUGAUCAUGCAUCAUUGUUCAGCAUCCGCAAGCAGUUCUUCAAUGUCUACCCACCAACUGGUGUCAUGUUUUGUUACGACAAUACGGCGUUCACUGAUGGUGAAGUGUUGGCAAUGCCUGAUCUCAUUCACUCAUUACCGAGCGAUCACAAUGAUUCAAUGUUCUUUGUCAACACCAAGAGGUCCAAGAGUGAGGUUGCACUCAACAACAACAUUGAACAAGGUGAUGAGAUGCCACUCGAGUUGAUCAACUCAUACACAGACAUCUGCUUCUCAAAGCUUGAGAAAUCGAUUCGCAAUGCAUCCAAAAGACGAUUCUCAAUUGUCAAUGCACUGGAUUUCAUCAAACAACCCAGUGGAUUGCAAAGAUGUUCCAACAACAAGGUCACACAUUGCUAA